AGACAAUGCCCCAAAUAUCCAUUAGUUCCCAAACAGGAAAGUCAAUACUCCUGUAGUUUGCUCUCCACUUGGGCACCACUAUGGGUGCUUGUGUAGGGAUAUGCAAUAAGCAAAGGCAGCACCGAACUUGAAUAAAAGAAGCUGACACAAAUACGAAACCACAGAAGCACCCAGGUCUAAACCCUGUUCAGGGCUGUCUGGCCACAAUUGUUAGCUGCACCUUCAGCAAGGGAUCUUUAGAAUUCUCUUUCUGCAUGAGGAUCGGUAGGUCAUGGGACCCAGGCUCGCGACCAUCCCCUGCUAUCGGGAAUAUGCCUAAAUCAGUCAGCAACAAUAAUGGCAUUGAUGGUAACGACAAUGGGAGUGUGUCGCAAGGGAUAUUCGUCAACUUGCUGGCGGGUAAGAGCUAUUGGGUGAGGUGUUGGCCAGGUGUCUACCAAUUGAGCUUGGAAUUGGUUGGGUCCUCGGCCUUUGACCAACCCGUGCGCGACAAGUGUUCUUUGGCUGCAAUCCUACGUCGCACUGGGGAAUUUGUUAUUAAUUCAUAUCGUAUAAACGUAAUCUAUAAUACAUGCCUACAGCGGGAAGCCGGUUCCUGACGCCAGGGGAGACUGGGCUGCUGAUGGUCUGAUGUUUGAGAGGCGGACCGCUCUUUUUUGUGAUCAUGAACAGCUAUAUCUGACACUCUUACUCUCUCCUCUUUCCUCUUUCCUCUAAUGAAACAACCCCUUCUUCUUGGGACUGACGUCCACCUUGGUUGAAAAAAUCAGGUCUACAUCGGAGUACACCCGUGUGAGUUGGUUGCCCUCUC